GCGCUUGUGUUAUUAGCUGCGUGUGGUGCGUGUGCCUUUUGGUUAGGAGAGGGCAAAUUAGAUCAAAUGUAAUGUGAUUAUAACCCCCCCCUUUACUUCAUUCUAACGUGAAUAUAAGUAUUUACCGCCAUACUGUUUGUGAUUAGUGUGGAGACUUGCUUAUUUUGUAAUAUUGUAAUUUAAAUAUCUUUUGUAAAUUAACCUUAAAACACCGAAUUAGUAAAUUUUACCAUGUCAACAGAAGGACUCAGUCAUUUUGUAGAAAAAAGUGGUAUUGUUGCUUGCCCAACCCCCUGGGGUCGGUGGUGGCAAACUGUUCACGAAGUGCAUUUAGAAGUAAAUCUGCCGGAAGGUACUAAGGCGAAGCAAGUACAUGUUGAAGUUAAACCGGCACAUUUAAUUAUUCGUGUCGUUGGAAAAGAUGUGAUUAGUGGAAAGCUCUUCAACGUUGUACAUGCAGAUGAAACAGUAUGGACUAUUGAAGAUGGACGUGUACUGUCGAUAGUUUUAGGGAAAGCCACACCUGCUCAUAGUGAAGAAAUCUGGGAAGCAUUGCUUGCUGAUGGUCAGUUUGCACCAGAUCCUUUGACAGUACACAAUAUGCGUAAAAAAAUGGACCUUGAAAAAUUUCAGAUAGAGAAUCCUGGUUUUGACUUCAGCCGAGCUAAACUUUCCAAGUGCUACGACAAACCUCCUGGUUGGUCAGAAACAGCUGUGCCGCCAUCGGACUCUUAGCUUGGAUUCCCAAUGAGUAUUUUGUCUACAAUAAAUAUUUUUACACUACAAAAUUUGAAGUAUUUCUUCUGUAAAGGACACUGACACACAUUGCCACAUUUUGCUGAUAUUAAGUAAUGUCAUCAUGUGUGGAUUGUAGUUUUGUGUGUGUGAAAUCUUAGGAAAAUGAUAUCAUAUCUGCUAGUGAAGAAUGAAUUAUUUUAUUUUGAUUUAUAUAUGAAUUUCAUGGUCCUAAAGGUAAAAUAUUAUACUUUCCUAGAAAAUUAGGAAAAUAUUCAAUAGUUGUCAAUUGUUUCACCAAAGUUUAUAUAAACUUCCAAUUGUGAUUAAAAUAAACUACUUGAGAAAAUAUUAAAGGAUAUUCAUGAAAAAACAACAAAAAACACACAACAACAGCAAAAACACAAAAAGUUGUUGAAAUGAAUCUUGGAUUGUUCAGCAACUGUGUAACUGUUGGAAACAAAAUAUUUUGUUGUGUUUUGGUGUUAUUUCUCUAUUAGAGAAUUGAGACAAGAUAAUGUUAAACUUUUUUUUUAUUUGUUUACUGCACUUUCUGAAUUUUGUACCUUACAUAACUUAGUUUUAUAAAUUAUUAACAUAAUAAUUUACUAAUGUAAGAUUGUAACAAUUCACCAAUAACUGAUUAAGCAGUAAGAAUGCACAUGAUUGCAUUUAAUAUUUAAUAGAACUUCUUAAUAUCCUUUGAUUUUUUUGUGGUAGUUUACUUUAGUUCGUUUAUUCUUUUCUUUUUAUUCUUUCUUUUUUCUCUCUCCUCUGUCUCUCUCUCUCUUAGAGAUUUCAUUUUACUGUAUCUACCUCCUUUGGUUUAUUUUUUUAUUGAAUGUUUGUAGCUGUGUUUGAAUUACUUUUUAAGCAUUCUCAUUUUGUAAAUUCUUUUGCUUUCUAUGAAUGUUUAACUAAACUCAAAGGGCAGUUACCCAAUACUACUUGAUAUUAUGUGGAUAAUAUACAUUUUAAGUAAUAAUUUUAUAUACAAAUUUCAAACAGAAAUUUAGUGUAUGAAUUUCUAUGUAUCAUACUUAGCUAUAAUUACAUAAGGUAACUUUUUUGAAAGUUUACAUAGGAUAAUCUCGUGUGAUAUUUAGUAACAUGCACCGAUUUGACAAGUAAUUCGUUGCUUCUUGUAAUAUCUGGCAAUCAAGAGAAAAUUCUAUUUCUUUGAGUUUGCAUUUAGACACAAAACAUUAGAAUAAAAAAAAUUAUUAUGUAAUUUCAAUAUCAUUUAUAUGUUUUAAGAAAAGAAUUAAGCCCUUGAGAACACUUAGAUUUAUUAGACAGGUUUUGUAUCUGACCUUUUUUCUUGGUAAUGCAACCAGUUUCAUAAGUUGUCAUAAAAGUGUACAAAUACAAGUUUUCCAAUAGUAAAGCAUGGUUAACGGUUUCAAAAGCCUUUCGAAAGACUUAAUGUGUGUCUUCACUUAAAGUGUUCACCACAUAAAGCUGAAUUAACGGUUCAUUCCUUUCUGCUGAAAAUGUUUUGAAAUAUUCCUAUUAAUAGUGGUAGAACAUUUACUUCUGUAGAGGUAUGGCUCUUUAAGAAUAAUUGGUUUUAAUAUGAAAGGCACAUUUUUGGUAAUUAUACAUUUGAGUAUAUUCAAAAUACUUAAUAUUGAAAUUGACGGAUAGUUGGUGACUCCAAACUGUUUUUCUGAUAUAAGUAUUGGAGUAAUGUAACUUAGUUUGUUAAACUGUAGGUGCACAAGAAAUGACUUAGUAUAUCAAGAAUUGUUUUUGAGAUAAAUGAAGAAAUGUGUUAAGAGAAUAGUGUAUUUUUGUCAGUGAAGAAGAUUAUAAAGAUUGUACACUAGAGUACUUUUGUAAGAAAACAAAUCUUCUUUUUCUUCUUUUCAGUCUAUUUGACACAGAUGUUAUUCUAUUUUCCAAUUGAAAUAUUUCGGCGGAAACAUGCUUAAAAUGUAAUAUUUUCACUAAUCAUAUUAUAGAUACUACUAUGUAAACCAAUGACCAUGCAAAAUUCAAAAAUGGAAGUGAAGCGCUCAAAAAUUGUUUCUUCUUACAAAUAAUCUGCACUUGGCAAAAGCUCUGCUCACAACAAACCACAGGGGAAAAUACCCCUUCAUGUGUUUUUAAUUUUGGCAAGUUGCACGUGGCGCUACAUAAGGGCAUGCAUGCUGAGGGCCUGUUUCACCGGUGCCUAAUAAAGUGUCUGAUUGUCUAUCCAGAAGUUAUCUUACUGAUAUGUUGAAAAUUUGUGUUUUAUGAGUGCCUGAUAAAUCUAUCCAGUGGUUAAAGUAUCCGGUAAAUAAUCUGGAGGUUGGAGAGGCUUUAAAUGUUUAUCUGGUAGAUAACUUCAAAUUAACAGAAUUUGUGUGUGAACUUGCUGUGAUUUACAAGGAAAAAGUGUGGUAUUUCCUUGAUGGACAACGUAGUAGAGAUGAUAAACAACAAAUUCUUUGAUGGUUUAGAGCGUCCACUCAAAUGACAUGUCGGCUAGAAUAUUUUGAAUCUUGAUGAAGAAGAUUGCAAAUCCCGUUUUAGGUUAAGGAAGCUGACGGUUGGCAAAGCUAUGUCCGAUAGAACAGAAAAUAUAGAUUUGUGAAUACAGACUUAUAUUUCUGUAAUAUCCUGGUAAAGUAUUGGUCCUGUUUUAUUCAUUUUAUGUCAAAAUCAUUAAAUGUAUACUUUGUUUUGUUAGCAAUUCUGAGGUAUCACCAAUGAAUCGACUUCUCACUCUGCGUUAAUUUGAAAUGGGAUCAUUUUUUAUUGUAAUUAGUCUGCAUUGAGGUGAGCAAUCUACUGCUUCAAGUGAGUUCGUGAAAUUUCCAAGGAAUGUAGAAAUCACCCUAGAUUUCCAAGAUUUUUAUGAAAUUACCUGAUUUUGUAGUUCUUGCAGCAAUAGAUUGCGCACAUGUUCCCAUACAAUCACCUGGUAAUAUGUAACGUACAUUUUGUCAAUGUGUAAGUGAAGUGACAUCUCAAAAAUAUCAUUCGCAGGAGAAUGGUUUUAUGCUGAGUGGAGCCGAUUUUAUAGUGUUCUACUCUACAUGGUGACUGUCUUGUGAACUAUCUUUAUGAAAUGUUUCUUAAUAAAUUAAACACAAGU